CGCGCCUCGUUAGUGAAGUAGCAGGUUCGUUACGACGCUAUCAGUGAGGAGCACGACAGAUUACACACCCGUUCGGAACAACGUUUAGGAAGCUAUGAUGUGAAACACAAAAAAGUCGAUCACUUAGAAGGGUUUGAAAUCUUUUUUUUGUCAACUUAGCAGUGUAAACAUUUCUUUACCACACAGAACUGAAGUGAUUUUAAACAGACGUUUAGAGUAACUUCAUCUCUGACUACAGCUUCAUCCAAGAGAUCUCAGCCAUGGAUUGCUUCAUUCCCAGAACUUUCUGGAACCUUCUACUUGCCCUGGUUGUUGCGUUUGUGCCUGGCUCAACAGGGGCACCACAGGGCUGUGGCUCCAACGUAAGCUCUCUCUACUAUAACCUGUGUGAUCUUGGUGCAGUUUGGGGCAUCGUACUGGAGGCAUUUGCCACCGCCGGAGUGUUUAUAUGCCUCAUUCUGUUGAUGGUUCUCCUUGCCAGCCUGCCAUUUAUGUCGGAUAGCAGGCGGCGCAGAUCAGUACCAUUGGACGUUGGCUUAAUUGUGGGUACUCUGGGCCUCUUUGGGCUGGCAUUUGCCUUCAUCGUGGGCAUGGACUUUGCCACAUGUACCUCGCGCCGCUUCCUGUUUGGUGUGUUGUUUGCAGUCUGCUUCUCCUGCCUUCUUAUGAAAGCCAUAAAUCUAAACAUCCUCUCUAGGUACAACAAGGCACCCCGUGCCUGGGCCCUAUGCCUCGGAGCCUUGGCGCUUUGGUUGGUCGAAGUGAUCAUCAACACAGAAUGGCUGAUUAUCACCAUGGUCCGCCAGCCCAUUAAUAUCACGUCUGGUCUGCCUGUGCCAUGCCUGAUUGCUAACGAAGACUUUGUAAUGGCUCUUAUUUAUGUUAUGGUCCUACUGGUGGCUGCUGUUGUGGCAUCCAUAUCAAUCCUGUUCGGCGAGCACCAGCGCUGGCACAAGGACGGUGUCUUCAUCCUGCUCACUGGAAUGUUCUCACUGGGCAUUUGGGUUGCAUGGAUAGUCAUGUACACUUACGGCAAUGCCCAGCAAGGCAGCCCUGCAUGGGGCGACCCGACCCUCACUAUAGCACUGGUGGCUAAUGCCUGGGUGUUCUUGUUGCUUUACACAGUGCCCGAGCUGUGCCAGGUAACUGAUGACUCAGACAGUGUAUCAUCCAUCCCUUCUGAUGUCUACACAAACCAUGCAGUGGGGUAUGAGAACAUCCUCAAAGAGCAAAGCUCACAGAACAUGUUUAUGGAAAAUAAGGCCUUCUCUAUGGACGAACCCAAAACAGGUAACAAGCCUCUGUCUCCAUAUAGCGGCUACAACGGACAGAUGCGCAGCUCCGUGUACCAGCCCACAGAGCUCGCAAUUAUCACCAAAGGAGUGACAAAUCUCCAGGUGGACCAUUCGUUUGAUACAUCGAUCCCACGAGCCUCUCUCGUCUCCCAACCCAGUCAGAGCGGCAACAUCAGCCCUCCCAUGUCUGACAUUGGACGGAAGCCUGUCACUAAUGGUAACGGCCUGAACUGGAAAUCACAGUGGUGAAUCUAGCCAAGACUUCCUGCUCUGGAUGCCUUACUCUGUUCUUUUUCUUACAACAACGUUUCAUUAUGUUUUCACCUUGGCCAAGGAACUUUUCUCAGGCCAAAGGACUUAGAAGCUUCAUCUCGGAAUGUCUAGGUAUCCGUUUGCCCAUUAAAGACAAUUUAUGGGCAUUUUGUUCACAGCGAACCUGAAUAAGAAAUUCAGCCCAGGAGAUGAGACUGCAGUGAUGGAUGUAGGAAUGUUCAUGGAGACUGUUCAUGUAUUACGCAGUGGUUGUCUUUGCUUCUACAAUACUAUGCAUUUAGAGAAAGGAGAAAGAAUGGCUGAUGAAUGGUUCUUUUUAAUAAUGUGAAAUGUUGCUUGUUCCUGGGUAUAAACAUACCACUCCAGUGUACAGUUUAUAAUACCUUUUUUCUGAGAGUGUAUGUCUGAAACUGUUCAUUCUUCUGCUUCAAACAGUAAAAUGUAGGUAGUGAGAUCAUCUGUAUGCAUGCAAUCCUUUUAAGUUAAAGGUACAAACUCAGAAAAAAGGUUCUAAAUGGUACAUUUCAUGGUAUACAUGAUGGGUAUCUAUAGGUAUAUAUUUUGUAUCCAUGAAGAUAAAUUCAGUGUGAUAUUAGUAUGUAUUUUUCUUCUUGUGAAGCUCAAAUAAGGUAAGUGAUUGGACCUUAAGGACUACUAUUGUGUGCCGAGAAUGCAUUUACCUUGUACCUUUGUCAUACCUUUUUUUUCCGGCAGUGAAGCUUGCAGCAUCAUUUCUGUGAAGUAGGUAUGUUGUGAUUACUCUCAUUUUAUUAGUGCGUAAUUGAAUCAAUGUUGUAUUUUAAAGGUUUAAAGCUAAAAUGUGUUCAGUAUUGCAACACAUUAUUCAAAGAAGAUUUCUCCAGUAAUUCCAGGAGAUAAAUAAAUGCACGUAUAUGUGAGAUAUGUACACACACACUCGUACACACACACAAAUUAAGAUGUCUCACAUUUCAUUAAUAGGUGUAUAAAGAGAUGUAUUUUUGUGUGAGUGUGUAUGUUCAUGUGAGUGGUUUGUUCUUCAUUUCCGUGAAGACAGUCAAAGUCCUGGCUGUGCUUGAAAGAUAAGAUCCCAAAGAGAAAUAUAUCAACUGGAAAAGUUCCUGUCUGUCAUAAGCAGUGCUUGCAAAAUUUACAUAGCAACAGCAGAUAAGUCUCACCUACAGUCUUUCCUACCUACAGGAAUAGACACGUCUGAUCAAGCAGAUUGCGGCAUGGGUUUUUUUAAGGGCAACUAAUUAUACGUUUAUAUUUAAGGCCUUUUCUGUAAGUUAGACUUAUUUUUCUAGGCAAAAUAUUUUUUUUUAUUACUAGACAUUUGCAUAUUAUUAAUGUAAGAUCUUAAUUUUUGACAUUCUUGUAGCAGUUGAUGAUAAUACAGUCAACUUUGGUGCCAUGUCUAAUGACUAUCUGGAAUGUGUGCAUUUUUAUAUGCAUUAAAUGAUUUAAGCCA